AUGGGCAGUGCGAACAGCCAUCAUCCCGAGCCGCCCAUGGCCAUGGAGCAGCCCCUGCCCUACCCGGAUAUGAACGUCAUUUUUAAGGGAAUUCCAAAGAUGAUGCAGGUAAUCGGAAUUCACACUUUGGGGUUAAGAAGUCCCCAGCUUUUGCGUUAAGAACUCCCCAACCAACGGCAAUGUCUCUAAAAUUUCAGGUGGCUGACGACAUGCAUGUUCUUACCGAAGCAAUCACAGAUAUGCGAAACAUGACACUUGGAAUGGUCCUAAUCAGCAUGGUGGGAAUGUGCAUCUUCUUGGUUCUAAAAUACAUGCAGACACGCCGAAACUCUCUACGACGAAGGCGAAGACUUCAAAACGUAAGGAAGCAGUUUUCACAUGUAUUUUUUUCAAAGGUGGUUUGAGUUCAAUUCAGGAUUUAAAUUUCCAUUGACGAAAACUUUUUGCACAAAGUGUCGGUCAAGCAACAGUUUUGUCCUAGCCUUGUAUUAAAUUGCUUUCCGAAAAUCACAAUAACUUCAUUCCCCCGAAUACAAAGACAGCAACGUUGCAUUACAAGUUUUUGCGCACGUAACAGUUUGCUUUGAUUUAAAAAUUUAAAGUUCAAGAUCUGGUUUAAGACUUUACUGUUAAGCGAAUGACGGAUUGAUGAUCAUUCUGAAAACGUAUUGAAAAAAUUAAUUGGCUUCAGAUGAAACCCAUUUUAAAAACGUAAAACUUCCUUUCAGCAGACCGACUCCGAACGCAGCUCACUAACCCGACCUUACCGGCAGUAUAACCAAAAGCCGAUGGAAUGGACCCAUCACAAGGUGGAUAUGGACAAGCUUCUUGAGAACAACUCCUCCCAAAGCAGCACGCAUACCCCGCCAGGCGCUUUGCCGAAGGCUCGAGUAGGUGACUUCACGGAUCGUGUGACUCCGCCACUUGCUAACGGCACCGCACCCCUCAAAGUAGGCCUUCAGCAUACGACGUCCGUCGGAACUAACCAAAGUCUGCUGGGCUCGGUUUGAAGAGACAUGCUGAGUACUUGAAUGCUGCAGAUUACAAUGAUGUUAUACCUGGCAACAACUAGUCUCGGGUUGUCUGUUGUUCUAAUCCUAACAUUUUGGAAUUUUCUUGAUAAUAUAAUUAUAAUAUCUUGGUACCUUUAGAGAUUAAUAUUUUUUACAGUGUUUACACACGUAUUUUUCAGGAGUCUGAAGUUGAGUUUUUUUUUGUAUAAUAGUGUGCGUACUCUCCAAAUCUCCCUUACCAAAACAAGUGCUCUCUAUUAUGAAGGCUGUCCAUUCGGGUAUAGUUGUCUUGUCCUGUUGUGUACAGUAUGUAAUAUUUUUAUCUUUCUACUUAAAAUUUGGCUUAACGGCGAAUGAAAUUGUAUAAUUGGACAAGUAAAUAAUAAUAUUUAUGUUGGCUAACCAUGAAUUAAUAACAAAGUGUUUGACUUUAUCAAUGGUUAAUAAAGUUUGUCUGCACUAAAUUUUUUAUAUUUUUUAUGCAUUCAAAUACAAAAUUACGUUCUAACUUUGAGGUGUUUGACUAAAACAUAUGUGCUUCUAGUGCAAAUCGUAUUUGGAAAUAGCAAUUUUAAAACAAAAAUUUCCAGCGCCUUGAUCCAGUGAAACUAAUGAUCGACGAGGUGCCUUAUGUGGACUCGAGUGAAAUCCAUUAUCCCCGCUAA